CCUCCACUUGUCAUUGUCAAAUUAAUAAAAUUAUCAGCUGUUUACUUUCGUGAAUCCUGUUGAUGAAAAAAAAUAUUUAUUUACAAAAAACACUAAAGAUUUAAUUCAUUUCUACCCAAAUUGUAGUAAAUUAUCAUCAAAAAUGUGGCCACUAAUAAUGCAUUUCUUGCGCACAAACGCGCCGUACUUCACAUUACCUGUAGCUGCUGUUGUUGGUGUCAUUGGAUAUAACUUAGAAGGCUGGCUUUCUGAUAGAUAUACUCCUUAUACUAAGCCAGUCCAAGAUCAGAGAUUAGAACGCCUAACAGAUGAUCUAACACUAAACGACCCAACAAACGUACAGAAACUAAAAUAUAAAGAAAAUGUACUCGGAAAGAAUGUUUCACCAUCACUACAAUCAAACUAGUCAUUUUAAUUAUAAUAAUAUAAUAA